UAUAAUAUUUUAAUGCGUAUAAUAUGUAAGAAAUAAAUAAUAAUUAUGCCAAGUAAACGUGAGAAAUCAUUGGUUCCUACAGAGGAACUAACAAAAAAUAUAAACGAACUAAAAAAGAAAAUUCAACUCUCUGAAGGACAAAAAAAAGCGCAGUAUGAAGAAUGCGAGGAAGAAAAGAAAAAAAACAACGAGAAGAUUCAAAUGUUGAAACGUGACAUCAAAGAAAUGUAUCAAAUCAAAAAACAAGAAUCCACAUGUAUAGACGCAUUACCAGAUACAAAACCACAUGAAAAAAUCAUAGUUUUAAAGAGAAAAAAGUAUCACGAAGCAAUAGAUAUUUUGGAUAUAAAAUUGAUCGACAUGAAGAAAAAAACAGAUCUAAUUAGACAUGAUAUCAAACAGAAAAGGAUCAAGUUGAACGACUUGUUCGGGAGAUGGAGUGACGUGCGGUCAAAGGUUGUUUCUACUGUAGACAAGGAUUCAAAUACGACUAAAACGCUUUCGGCACUUGAAAAUCGAUCUCAUCAAAUCGAAAUGAGCCGAAUGGAAGCAUCACACGUGACACGCAAAUAUAGAUCUAUAAGAAAUCGACUUUUAGAAGACUCGGUAGUGUUUGAUUCUACAUUGAACAAAUUAGAAAAAACAAUUAAGACACAACAACGUGAAAUUCAACGACUAGAAAAAAUUAACGAAGAAGCCAUUAAAUCAAGGGAUAAAACCAGAUUAGUAUUGCAGAAAAAAGAAACUAACGCAGCUAAUAUAGCAAAAUUUCGUAUGAAACAAGUAGAACAAAUUAGAGCACAAGUAGAAGAAAGGAAAACAGAGUUAGAAAAAUUGGAACGAAAAAUAUUUCCACCGGGACAGAGAGCUACACAUCAGGAUUCAAUUCCUAGUUCUUCGGAAGAACAACGGCUUGGAGAUAAUGGAUCAUCAGAUAGUCAAGAAAUUACUGACAUGCCAUAUUUCAAACUGAAACAAGUCACUGGUUCAAUUGACAGCGAAGACGUACGAAGAAAGUUUGUAUCACAAAAAGAAACUAAAGAUAGAUUAACUACUUUGAAAACUAACACUGAGAAUCAAAAAAAGGACCUCCAAAUAAAAUGUCAACAACUUAAUGAGGAAUUUGAACAAUGUCGAUUCUCCGAUGCUCAAGAUAAAGAACAGAAUGAUGAAGAAACUGAAAAUUUUAAGUUGAAAAUUGUCGAAGAGACAGAUAGACUCGAACGUUUACAAAAAGACAAGUCUGAAUUGUCUAAUCAAAUUGAAUCAACACUAUUAAGGCUAUAUGACAUGUGUCUUGCACUAAAAAAAGCAGACAGCGCACCAGUACCAGAUAAAUGUCCAAGCAUUGAUAAAGCUGACUGGUUAAUAUGUCUAUUACAAACCAAAUAUGAGAAUGUAAUAAAAAGUUAUGGGACUACAGAUAAAGAUCAACGUAAUGUGAAUGGAAGGAUUAAAAACAACGAUGUAGCAGUACUGUGGUCAUUGGAAGACAAUGUCGUAGAAUCGGCGAACAAGGAUGAAGAAGAAAAACCUGUUCCCAAUAGAUAUCUAAUCAAGAAACAAGCACAAAUCAUGGUUGAUUCUAAGAGUAAAAAGAAAGGGAUUAAAACAUCAAAAGGAACAACGCAAAAGACUUAAUCAAUUAUCUAAAUUUUAGACUAUAUGGAAUAAUAUAAUUACGUCUGAUUUAUAAAAACCCCCAUGAUAAAGCAUUUCUCUGUAUUUGCUGCUUAUCAUUACCCAUGUAUAUAUGUAACAGCAUUUAUUAGCCACGAGUAUUAUCUACACAUAGGUCGUUGAAAUAGAUAUAAUACAUAAAACACAUACCUGAUAAGUCAUUGAAAGCAUUUUCGUAUUAUUUUAUUGUUAAUAUUUCAUAGGUAUGG